AUGGAUCGAGAUGAAGAUACGGUUAUGCGGGAUCCUGGAUCUCUAACCAACAUCCCAUCAUCUACCUCAGGCCCUUCCUCUACAACGCUUGGAGGCAAUGUCGCUGGCACAGGACCAACUGACGAUGGCGUGCAACCAGCGACAUUGUUCGAAAUGCCGAAGCUUCCUUCAGGUCUGAUGUCGCCGCCUGCACCCAUUACUAUGGGCUCUACAGAAAUGCCAGGCUUGACCAAAUCCAUCGAAGAUGAGGGUCUACACAUUAUGAAAUCCAGCGAAGAAUCGGAUAGCAUCAUGGAAGAAACCUCCGACUGGUCCGCCGAUGACCCUGCGUCUGCGACAGCAGUGGGGUUGCCAGUCGCAUCUCUGCCAACAGGGCUGUGUUAUGAUAUUCGAAUGAGAUAUCACUGCGAGGUUCGCCCCGCUGCUGAAGUCCAUCCUGAGGAUCCGCGAAGGAUUUAUUAUAUUUACAAGGAGAUUUGUCGCGCAGGACUUGUUGAGGAUCCAGAUAUUGUGGCGACACCCAGGAUGCUUGCGCCCGUGCCGUUAAAGAGGAUUGAUGCGAGGAAUGCGACCAAGGAGGAAGUCGAGUUGGUGCAUACGGAUGAGCACUAUCAGUUUGUGUCGGAUACUCAGAACCUUCCUGAUGAGACUCUGAUUAUGCUCGAGGAGACUCGUGAUUCCAUAUACUUCAAUCGACUCACAUAUGCCUCUGCGCUGCUCUCAGCUGGCGGCGCCAUUGAGACGUGUUUGGCGGUUGCUACGCGUAAAGUCAAGAAUGCCAUUGCGGUGAUUCGGCCACCUGGUCAUCAUGCCGAGCAUGACAAGACCAUGGGGUUCUGUCUGUUUAAUAAUGUAUCUAUAGCUGCCAAAGUAUGUCAGCGUCAAUUGGGGGAGGCGUGUCGGAAGAUUCUGAUUGUUGAUUGGGAUGUUCAUCAUGGAAAUGGUAUCCAAAAAGCAUUUUACGACGACCCUAAUGUUCUCUACAUGUCACUCCAUGUUUAUGCCGAUGGUAAAUUCUAUCCUGGAGGCAAAGAAGGGAACUGGGAUCAUGUUGGCGAGGUUGCUGGGCUGGGAAAAAACAUCAAUAUACCAUGGCCAUCCCAAGGAAUGGGAGAUGGCGAUUACAUGUAUGCCUUUCAGCAGGUUGUAAUGCCCAUCGCAACCGAGUUUGAUCCUGAUUUGGUAAUUGUGGCCUCAGGAUUUGAUGCAGCAGCUGGUGAUGAGCUGGGUGGUUGUUUUGUGACGCCAGCUUGUUACUCUCACAUGACCCAUAUGCUGAUGACGCUGGCUAAUGGGAAAGUGGCCGUUUGUCUUGAGGGGGGCUAUAAUUUCCGUUCCAUUUCCAAGUCUGCACUGGCAGUGACAAAGACUCUUAUGGGGGAACCUCCCGCGCGACUCGCGGCCACAACGCCCUCCAAUCCUGCGGUACAGGUUGUGCGAACCGUCAUGGCUGCCCAGUCAAAGUACUGGCGUUGUAUGUAUCCAAAGAUCCCAACGCAAGAGGGGUUGUUCACCGACCGAUUUCAUGAUAUCAUCCGUCAAUAUCAGGCUCAGCAACUCUACAACAACUACAAACUGACUAGUCUGUGGAUCUAUCGUUCCUCGAUUUCAAAGUCGUUUGAGAAUCAAGUUCUCGCGAGUGCCAACUAUGACAGGGCGGUGCCUCUGAUCGUGAUAUUCCAUGACCCCCCUGAGAUGAUGGGCGUACACCACCCAAUCACAAACAAACUUGAGCCACACAACUGCUGGAUGGCCGACGUUGUCAAGGACUAUAUCGCAUGGGCAACCCAGCGUAACUACGCCGUUAUCGACGUCAACAUCCCCAAAUAUGUGACUACAGAUACUCCGGACGUUGGCAAAUACGAGGAGGAAGAUGCUGAUCGUCCAAGUCAGACUGAGGAGUUGGCUGGAUACUUGUGGGAUAAUUACAUUGAACCAAAUGAAGCCACCCAUAUCUUCUUCAUCGGAGUCGGCGACGCGUACUAUGGCGUGGCUAACCUUCUCAUCAACCGAGACAGCAUCUACCAACGCGUCAAUAGCGUGAUCUCCUUCGUCGCCGAAAACCCCGUUCGCGCUGUCGCGUCACCAACACAGACGUGGCUCUCGCGGUGGUACAAAGAUAAUUCUCUAGUCUUCGUCUCCCACACUCACGGUGUAUGGCACAACGAAAAUCGCCGCAAGCCCUCCAAGCGAUACGGUCGAUUGUUACGAUCCCCUAAAACUGGGCUGAAUGAGAUGCUUCUCCACCAUAAGCCAGAGGUGCUUACGUGGAUUGAUGAGCGGGUUAAUGCACGGACGGGCGAUGAGACGGAGGAAGAGGAGGGUGAGGAAGGCAAUGCUUGA